UUGAAAAGCGUUCAGCGUUCAGUAGGUUUUUUCAGCUGCGAGACUUGGCUGUCAUGGAUCUUCAGUGGACUUCCAUUGAGCCACGUGGUACGAGUUAUCGACUGCUACUUAGUGGAAGGUCAUAAGUUUGUCACUAGAGCUGCAAUUGCGAUUGUUUAUAUUUGGGCGAAGUCGUUGAAGAAUCGUCCACAUGAAGAAAUGCAUGGCAAGUCGCAGGAAGAAAGGAUCGAAGAAGUGAAAACGGAGCUGGCUAAUACAGCAGCACAGAUGCAGAUAUCGACCGAAACUUUCAUUCAAACAGCAAUUCGGAUCAGAAAUCUGCAAAGUUCAAACGGCACACCGAUUGCAGCGACAGUUCGGAAAACAAGGUGGUUACAAUGA